AAUCAAAUGCAACGGGCGGGAUUUGAAAAACGGCGGAGAAAGUCACUUCUGGUGCGCUUAGCAACAGUCUCAUAGGCAUAGCCGCAUAUCUAGUUUAUUAUAAAGUAAUUAAUGUAUGACCAUUUUAAUGCGGCGACUGAACUUUAAAAAUGACAGAAGAGUCCGCUGUUAAAGUUUGUGUUCGAGUACGUCCGCUUAUUGCGAGGGAAGAAAGUGCAGCAUCAGAGAAUGCAGAGUCUGUCCAGCUGUUCUGGAAAACCGAUAAGAAAUCAAUUCAUCAGAUCGAUGAUGGGAAUUCCACCAAGACCUUCAGUUUUGAUCGAGUAUUCACAGCUGAAGAAACAACCAAUCAGCUGUACCAGGACAUUGCAAAGCCCCUGGUUGUUUCCACUGUUGAGGGAUACAAUGGAACCAUAUUUGCUUACGGGCAGACUUCUUCUGGAAAGACCUUUACCAUGAUGGGGAGUGACCAUAUACCUGGAGUGAUACCGCUGGCUGUGGAAGAUGUUUUCCAAACCAUUAAAAAUUGUCCAAAGAAGGAGUUCCUCCUCAGGGUGUCUUAUAUGGAAAUCUACAACGAGACUGUGACUGAUCUGCUUGUUGACAGCUGGAAGCGAAAACCACUGGAAGUCAGAGAGACAAUAAAUAAAAACAUCUACGUGGCUGACCUGACCGAGGAGCUGGUUAUAUCUCCUGCACAAGCCCUAGCCUGGAUUCGGAAAGGAGAAAAGAACCGCCACUAUGGAAAAACUAAAAUGAACCAGCGGAGCAGUCGCUCACACACUAUUUUCCGAAUGAUCCUUGAAAGCCGAGAAAGGAGCGACGUAGCAUCAGGUGAAAAUGCAGAUGGUGCUAUUAUUGUGUCUCAUUUGAAAGCGGGUUUCACAAACUACAGAGACAGUAAGCUAACCCGCAUCCUGCAGAACUCCUUGGGUGGUAACGCCAAAACGGUCAUCAUCUGUACCAUCACUCCUGUCACUCUAGAUGAGACCCUCAGCACUUUACAGUUUGCCAGCACUGCAAAGAAAAUGAAGAACGACCCCCACGUGACAGAGGUGUCUGAUGACGGAGCUCUGCUCAAAAGGUAUCGCAAUGAAAUUGUUGACCUGAAGCGACGACUUCACGAGGUAUCUUCAGUGACACAGACUACAGUGACUGAGAAGGAGGUUCUCUCCCAACUGCUUCAAGAAAAAGAUAGUCUCCAGAGAGAACAAGAGGACAGAAUCAAAAACCUGACCAAACUACUUGUCACCAGCACCAACCAGGUUCCUGUUAAAAAGAUGCCUAAGCGCAGAGUUACAUGGGGAGGAAAGAUGCUCAGACUUGCAACUUCAUCUGCCUGUGGUGAUUCAUCUAACCUAAGCUUUGCAGAAUCUUUCACUCGUAAGAGGAAAGCUGAUCGCUCCUGCCUUAUGGAGCUGACUGAAGAUGACGAGGAAUUUGAAGCUAACUGGGAGAUUCCUGAUGAGCCAUCAGAUGACAUGGAAAUCAGUCAAAGCUCUGUGACUGUGCGAAGCUUUGGGGACAGUCCCAAAGACUAUACCUCCCCAGACUGGAUGCGUGACUUUUCAGGGAAAGAGGAGGCCAUGACUAAAGUCGAAUCAUUGGAAGGCAGAGUUGCAGAGCUGGAGCUGCAACUGCAAACAGAGGCCCAGCAGAAACAGGAAGCCUUGGAGAAAGUAGACACAUCAGAAAAGAGGGCAGCAGAGAUGGAGCAGCAGCAACAAAGCGAAGCACAGCAGAAGCUCGAGGCCAAGGAGAAGGUGCUGAUGUUGGAAUUGAGAGUGGCAGACCUGGAGAGACAGCUGGAAGAACAGAGACAUGGUCUGACUGAAAACGAACAGAUUCGAAGAGAGUUUGCAGACACCAUCCAGCUGUGUGAAACUCUUGCUUCAGAGAAGGACAUGGUGGUCGCUGAACGUGACUAUCUGAAGCAGGAGUUGGGGAUGUUUAUCGAGCAGACAGAACGUCUGGAGAAGGAGAAAGCUGCUCUGUCGCAGGAGCUGGAGGAAAAGAGGGAGACGGAUGAGUUCAAAUCUCUGGAGGAGGAGUUCAAGAAAGAGCAGGAGCUCGAGGUGCAAAAUGAAAUAUCUAGCUAUAAGAAGGUCAUAGAAUCGACUGAAGUCAAGUGCCAGGAGCUUCAGAACAAGGUAGAUACUCUGUCUGAGGAGAUACUGAAGAAAACAAAAUCAGCGGAGCAACUUCAGAGAAUGAGCGGAGAGGAACUUGUGCAGGAGGUGGCAAAGCUUCGUCGCUCUCUGGAUGAUGCAGAGGGAGUCAGCAGAGAUACAAAGAAGGAAUGGGCUGUCUUGCGCAGCCAAAACAUUACUUUGGAGGAGAUAAAGGUGACCCUCACUUCGAACCUUGAGAAGAUGGAAGCUGAGGUUAACAGCCUGUGUUCUCAACUUGAAAUUGAGAAGUCACGCUACAGAAAAAUGGAAAGUGAUCUCCAAAAAGAGCUGACUGUUACAUUUGAUGAGAACACUAAGCUCACUAAUCUGCUUGAUGGCAAAGUCCCAAAAAAUCUAAUAGACUGUGUGGAAUUUGAGAGAACAGUGGCCACUCUGAGUGAAGAGCUUACAGCAUCUCGUGAAGCAGAGGGAGCUCUCAGAGUGCAGCUGGAGGAGCUGGCUUCAUCUCAAACUCCACAUAAGGUUGACAACUUGAUGAAGCAGGUUUGUGAGUUGAGCGAGGAGUUGUCUGCAGUUCAGAGUCAGAGGGAAAGUCUGCUGUCGGCCCAAGCUCAGUAUCAGGAGGAAGCACAGCAGCUCCAAGGCCUCCUGCAGAUAUCUCACGAUGAGAGAGUGAAAAUUCAAGCAGACCUUAGUGCUGCUGCUCUGAGGGAGCAGGAGCUGAUCCUGCAUUGUACUGAUGUAUCACAGCAGCUGAAUUCACUUCACUCAGACCGGGAGCGCUCUGAUCCUGAGAUUCAGUUUGAAGAGAUAUGCUUGAAAUUGGAGGAGAGUGACCAGCAAAGAGCAUUACUAGUAGAAAAAGUGAAUGAGAUGCAGCAGCUGAUAGAGGAGUUGAGAACAGCUCUGGAGAAGAACAGAGAACAGAAGGAGCUCCUCAGUCAUUUGGAGACAUUACAAAAAUCUGAAGUGGAUGGAGCUCUCACUGAGAAGAGCGCACAGCUGGAAGCGAGACAAAAACAAUUGGAGGAGAGUGACCAGCAAAGAGCAUUACUAGUAGAAAAAGUGAAUGAGAUGCAGCAGCUGAUAAAGCAUUUGGAGAAGAAGCUUGYGGACAGUGAAGUUUCCAGAACCGCACAGGAGGAAAUCAGCAAAGAACUUCAAGAACAACUGAAGCAGCAGAYUCAAGUGCUUCAAUGUGUGCAAGCUGAGAAAGAAGCUCUCCUGUCUGAGCGGAAAGCUGAAACUCCGAACUCUGCAGAAGAGAUGGACCAGCUGCUCUCUACACUAACGUCUGUGACUGCAGAGAGAGACCAGCUCAAGAYGGACCUGCAGGAAAAUGUGGAGAUGAUGAUUGAAAAUCAGGAGGAGUUGAGAACAGCUCUGGAGAAGAACAGAGAACAGAAGGAGCUCCUCAGUCAUUUGGAGACAUUACAGAAAUCAGAAGUGGAUGGAGCUCUCAUUGAGAUGAGUGCACAGCUGGAAGCGCAACAAAAACAAAUAAAGUCUCUAACAGAGCAAGUAGAGAAUUCUGAAACCAGCUUUCCAAGCUCCUCGGAGGAGAACGCGAAGCUGCUGUGCAGGGUGACAUCGCUCUGUGAGGAGAGGGACCAGCUGCAGGAGACACUGCAGGAACUGAGGCAGGAGAACCAGCAGCUCAGAGCAGAACUGGAGGACAGGAUGGAGACCCUGCAGUGUGAGGUGAAAACUUUAACAGAGAAACUGGAAAGCACUGAAACAGAGCGAGACAGUCAGCUCUGUUACAAGGAAGCCAGCUUUCAGAGCUCCUCUGAGGAGAAGGAGAAGCUGCUGUGCAGGGUGACGUCUCUCUCUGAGGAGAGGGACCAGGUGAAAACUUUAACAGAGAAACUGGAAAGCACUGAAACAGAGCGAGACAGUCUGCUCAGUCACAAGGAAGCCAGCUUUCAGAGCUCCUCUGAAGAGAAGGAGAAGCUGCUGUGCAGGGUAAUGUCUCUCUGUGAGGAGAGGGACCAGCUGCAGGAGACACUGCAGGAACUGAGAAAGGAGAAUCAGCAGCUCAGAGCAGAGCUGGAGGACAGGAUGGAGAACCUGCAGUGUGAGUUGCUCAGAGCAGAUCGAGGCUCCACUGGAGUCGAGGUGACGGUGUCAUCAAGGCUGAACGACUCCACCAGGCAGCUUCAGGAGACCUUCAGAGGAUUUGAACACUUUAUAGACAAGUGUUCCAAAUACAUCUCCAUACCCAUGGACAAGGUUUUGAGGGUGCAGAGUGGCUUGAACCAUGGUUAUCUGACCUCUCUUCCAAAAUCCACCAUGAGUGCCUACACUGCUAUAUGUCAGCUGGGACUCGAUACUGUUCAGACUCUGGGAAACAUUGUAGUGUGCCUACAGGUGAAGGCCCAGGAUUUCCGGAAUCGGUUUGAGGAGUUGGUAAAGAAAGACUUGUCUGUUUUUGAGGAAAGGCGGCUGCAGGAUGUGCUGCUGUGCAGAGUGCAGGCACCCAGCUUCUCUGUCAAAGAUGAGGACUUCCAUACUGUGUGGGAACACAGACUGACUGAGCUACUGGACAAGAGGGAGCUCUACCAGCAGAAAAUGUCCAUCAUUUUGGAGAAGUUCUUGGACAAUGUGGCUUCUCAUCCCAAUGAGUUGUCAGCCGAGAUCACACUGAGGGAGAGGUUCAAGGAGCAGCUACAGGGCACAAUCAGUACCCAGCCAAUCAGCUUCGGUGAACUUGAUAGCAUCCUCAGCUGUGAGCUGGACCGCAGAGCUGCCCUGGCACACAGCAAGAAGAUGAUCCUGCAGGACAUCACUGCUGAACAGAGUGUUCUGAGUGAAGAGCUGAAGCUGCUGGAGGCUCAGGCUUGUUUUCAGCUCAGAGAGGAGAAAAGCAAAAGUUCCACUCUGCUGCAGGCGAUUGAGGGAGCUCCUCUGAAAACAGAGCUCUCCUUGCUGAAGGACAACCAGAACCUUCUUAUUCAACUCAAGCACACUGAAGAAAAAGUCAAAGCACUUCAUGUACAAAAUGAGCAGCUUGAAGAGGCUCAGAUCCAAGCCAAAGACAUGCUGUCCAGCCAUAAGCAGGCCACCCAGCUCCUGCAGACAGAGCUGCAGGACAGCCGUGCCCAACAUGAUGAGAAGGAGAUGACGAUCAAAACGCUAAGGGGCAAACUGCAAGAGUGUGAGAAAAGAGCUUCACCCAGUGCUGUUGAGCUGGAAAAUCUCCAGACCAAACUGUUCAAAAUGGAGGUGGAGUUGAGUUCAGCAUCUGAUAAACACCAACAAGAGAUCCAGAAAAUGAGUACAGUGCUGGCUGUAAAAGAAGAAUCCCUAAGGAAUCUGAAGGAGACAUUGAGGAGGUUACAACAGCAGGGAGAGGAGUCAUUCUUACAGGGUGAGGACCUUCACACUAAACUGACCAACACCAGAGGUUUGGUGAUCAAGAGCAGCAUUCUGCUGGACAAGGCCAAACUUGAGGAGGAAGUCAAACAGCUUUACCUUAAAAUAACUGAGCUGGAAUGUUUGGUGUCUACUCAGCAGACAGAGAUUAGCAAGUGGAAGAGCCGAGCCAUCAGUCUGAAGGUAAAGAGUAAAGUUGAAGUGGACAAGCCUUCAUCACCCUGCACUACUGCCAAGAGAGGGCCACAAGAGACCGCAGACUCCAGCUUCCUCAGCUCACCUAAGAAGUUUGUGGUUACUUCUAGGAAGAUUCUAGACUCUCCUAGGAAGGUGAUGGACUUUCCAAAGGUCUAUCAGCUCCACUCCCCCAAAAGCAGAUUAUUUGAUGUGGGUGGGAGCUCGGACCUGCUGUCAAGAACCUAUCCCAAGCAAUUCUUUGAUAACUCCAGCCUUGGCACCAUUCCAGAGGUCUCCCAUGUUCCUGAUACUCCAGACGCAGAGAGGGAUGCAGCUGCAGGUGUUGAUGCAGCCAGAAAGGACGAGUGGUGGCCUCAGUCUCCAAAACAAGAGGACAUGUGUAAAACACAGUAAAAUCACCUGUAAUAUUUUAAAAGGCUGUGUUACUCAUUAUUUCUGUUUCUGUAUUGUUUUUGUUCUCUUUGUUUUUGUCUUUUUCCAACUUAGAUAAUAAAGGUUAGUCAUACUUAAUAAUUAAUAUCUGUUGUCUCCUUCACAUUUAAACCUGCUUGCUUGUUUCUAAUAAACCUAAUAGAAAUGCAAA